GGCCGAAAAGGUGAUUCAAAUUGUUGGCAAAUGAAGACAGACACUGGAGCGAUAGAAAGGGUGAACGAUUGUAACGACCAAAAAAACUAUAUUUGUGAAAUGCCAGCGUCAACAACAAGUACGUUUUCUAUCAUCCACAUCAAGAAGGUUACACUUGCACACUAUUGCAAAAUUUAGCCCAAGCUCAAUACGAGAGCCCUGAACAACCUAAUUCUACUUAGUUAAUUGUUUAUUCAUACUUUAACAACCACAUAAGACGUUGUAUGAAAAUUUCGAAAAAUUGAUACUUUUUUUUCUAUUAAGCUUUCGUUUAGGAUUUUCAGGUUAAAGUCUAUCAAAUUUUAAUGAAUGACUUCCAAUUUAAUAAAAGCUCCUCUUUUAGGUUUGUCUACAAGUUAUAUUUUCACGCUUUUGCUCCAGACUUUUAGGGUAGUGACCUUGUCAGAGAUACUCGAUAGUUUUAAAGACUUCUCUUAUUCUGCAUUUAUAUUUAGGUACUGUUUGUUAUGAGUACCCCAGCAAGAAUUCCUCUGUUCCCAUUACAGUCAACUGUACAUUUCCAGAAAACCUUUGUUUCAAAUACGACAAUACAGCGGCAAACGGCGAACAAGUCACCAUUCAAGGCUGUAUAUCCGCUGAUCAAUGCAGACAAUUUGAUGAUCAUCAUUUGCACUGUUGUGAAGGACAUCUGUGUAAUAGUGGUCAGUAAGCUCAAGUAUAAUGGACGCAAAUUAGCUAAAGAUUGUUACCUUAGGUCCGCCGUGCCAUGUUCCUCAGAAACAGGGAAAACUUAGUUUAUUUUAACGAGGAUCCAUGAAUGAGGAAUAGCCAUGUUUGGCAGCGAAGUAGAUUUUAAAAACUUGUGGACGUUUUUACAAGUUAAUGCACCUGUUUUCUUCAGCGCAUACUCGCACGCUUCCUAUGCCAUUUAUAAUGCAAUACGUUUCCUUGCAGUUAAGAACACCACGAUAUCUGGACCCGAAAAUCUG